UAUGCUCUGCAGACGAACAUCAUAACUACAAGCCAAAUACGAAAAGAUCAACGUAGAAAACACCGACUAGGGCGGCUAAAGCAAUGGAAACAAACCAUCUCUUUCAGCAGACCAGAAUAAACAAACACCAUUAACGUUACACAGAAAGAACCCAAGUAGCAUCACCAAGAAAAUGGCAGCUCCUUCUAUAAGUUUGGUUUUAAUAGUGUGAGAAGGGUAUGUUACUUGAUUUGAGAGCUGAUAAGAGAGAAAAAUGGCCAUGAAAACUACUAUGAAUGGAGGAGAUGGACAUUACAGCUACACCCGCAAUUCUUUGGGGCAGAGACAAGGAUUGGAGCUGAUGAAGGACUUGAUAAACAAAGGAAUUGAUGAAAAGCUUGAUGUGGCUAAGUUCAUGUCAUCUUCUUCUUCCUUUUCUCCGAAAAUGUUCAGGGUUGCUGAUCUGGGAUCUUCUGUUGGGCCUAACACAUACUUUGCUGUGCAAAACAUUAUAAAUUCUGUGAAACUCAAAUAUCAAGAAACUGAUGUUGAGUUUCAAGCAUUUUUCAAUGAUCAAAUCUCUAAUGAUUUCAAUACCCUCUUCAAGAAUCUUCCUUCUGAUAGGGAAUACUUUGUUGCUGCUGCACCUGGUCCUUUUCAUGGCCGCUUGUUUCCCAAGAAGUCUAUCCAUUUUGUCCACUCCUCCUAUUCACUUCAUUGGCUCUCAAGUGUUCCAAAAGAGUUGGUAGACAAGGAAUCACCCGCAUACAAUAAGGGGAAGAUCUUUUACACAAGUGCCUCGGAACAAGUCUUCGAAGCUUACACAGCUCAAUUUGCUAAAGACAUCACAUCUUUUCUCAAUGCCAGGGCACAUGAGGUGGUCCAUGGAGGGCUUAUGGCCUUAUUGAUACCUUGCUUUCCAGAUGGCACUCCUCCUUCGCAGCGCAACAUGGAAGGCGUGUUUGAUUUACUUGGAGACAGCCUCACGGAUUUGGCCAAUAUGGGAUUAGUUAGUGAGGCUAAAGUGGACUCCUUCAACUUGCCACUGUACCACACAAGUCCACAAGAAUUAAAGGGCUUGAUUGAGAAAAAUGGUGAUUUUAGCAUUGAAAGAAUGGAAAACAUAUGCCGGAGUAGGACUCAAGUUGACGCUUCUUUCAUUAAGAGUAUGAUCCUGCACUUAAGAGCUGCUUGGGAAGGAAUGAUCCGGGAACACUUUGGUAAUGAUAUAGUUGACGAGCUCUUCGAUCGGUUCACCAAGAAAGCCAUCAACUCUUCCAUCUUUUCGGAGUCAGAAAAGUACGAGUCUUUAUCUGAAUUGUUUGUCCUUCUCAAGCGAAAUGGUGAUUGAUCAUGAUUGAGGUCUUCUCAUCAAAGUUUCCAUGAUCUUUAGGUGCUUGUGAAUCAAUGUACUGAAGUGUCAGCUGGUCUAAAGUUAAGUUACCUUAUAAUUUUCUCUGUGAAGUACAUGAUUAGCAUAUGUAUUCAUUACUUGAUCCUGUCUUCACCGCAAGAGUCUUGUGCACUUGCGCUCGAG